AUGGCUUCGCCAUCCGCCAGCUCUGUGGCCUCGUUCCAGACGGCUCGUACGACGUCUCCGUCAACAAAUGGCCAAAAUGGAAGAGAGACAGGCUCUGGAAGUGGUGGUGGUAACGAUGCUCGUGAGACCGCAGCUGUUGGGGCCGAAACGGGCAGCUUUACAAAGCUGUAUCGACCGGUGAGACAGCUGCCAUAUGAGCUCAAAGGCCACGUUCGGGUGUUUCUGGAAGAGCGAAUGUACAGCGAGGCCAUCCAGCUUCUGACUAGCCUCCUGGCAGCGGGAGGUUCUGAGCGAGGGAUCGGACAGCCGGUCUGGAUUCCACCGCCCAGUCAUCUGGCCGUGCUGGCAACGUUGAUGGUGCACCCGGCCUACACGAGCCGCACGCAGGAGAACACGGACCUACGGGUGGCCGGCCAUGCGCUGCAGUACCUGCGUCACAUCCUGGCGGUGGCAGGGCCGAUGCAGCCGGGCUUCCGGACGGCCUUUGCGUUCCGGGACGUGCGGGGACGAGGAGGUGGUAGUGGUGCGGCGUCUGUGGGAAGCGGUGGUGCGAAUGCGAAUGCGAGUGCGAGUGCCAAUGCGAGUGCGAGUGCCAGCCGAUCGCAUUCCCGGCCGCGUCGGCUUAGAGCGCUGGGUGCGCGGUCGGGCAUCUUUGGCGGCAGCGGUGCCGGUGGAGGUGGCAGCGGCCACAGAGACUACGUCGACAGCCGGACGCUCAAGUUUGACGACGACGACAACGAGCGGGCCAGCGCCGUUCUCGCGGCGGCCGGCAUCAGCGUCGACACUCUGGCGACCACGGCCAGCAGCCGCGAUGGUGCAGCAGAUGCCGAUGUGGGUGCGGCUUUUGAUUUUGCACACGGCCUCGAUGUAGACACGGACAUGGACGCGGACGAAGACGCGAUCAGCGGGCGGAUGGCCACGCGGGACAGCGUGUGGACGCGCGGACAGGACUUUUGGCGGGUGGCCGGCUGGGCCCUCAGCUGCAGCGUGGAGGCACCGCUGCGGUGGCGGUACUGGCAGGCAUGGAUGGUCCUCGUGGUCGACGUGCUCGAGGCAGACCUGGCCGCACGGCUAGGCGAGGAGCACGCACAGGGCGGAAAGGGGACAUCGCCAUCGGGACGAGAGGCUGCAGCGGCCACGGCAAUCACAGCGACAGCCGAGACACCUCUCCACAAGUCCCUGCUGUUUUCCUAUCUGCAGGGUUGGGGUAGCCACUCGCAGCUGCGGCAUCUGGCCUCGGCCAUCGUCACGGACGGCUCACAGGCGGCACAUUUGCGCGAGGUCUUUGACAAGGAGACGAUGACGACGACGACGACGACGACGACGAAAACGACGACGACAACGACGACGACAACGACGACGACGACAGGACACGGCGGUACUGCUGGGGCGAACGGGAUGACAGCCGCAUCAAGACGUCUGUUGGAGCUCGACAGCACCAAAUUUGGCGACUAUAGCGACGACGAGUCCCCGCCACCAUCACCGACUACAGCGGCCACCGAUUCUGGAUAUGGGUCUGGCUCUACAGGCACAAUACCGAACCCGGGGAACGAUCCGGGCUUUCUCGAAUCCGUUCCCCUUCGUCGACGGCUGUUCUAUCUGGUUGUGCUUGCGGCCAUGUGUUUCCCCGCAGACUUUGCGCCAGUUGACGUGGUCUACCGCACAUUUGCCGACGUGCUGCGGGAGACGGACGUGACCGUGUUCUCCUCGUUUGUCUCGCUGCCACCGCCGGCUGCGAGUGCAGCACUGUGGACAGCAUCAGCGCCACCGCCGAUCACGGCCAACGACGCGUUUGUCGGCCUGUUUCGGCACAUUCUCUUCACGGUACUGCCGCUGUCGGCACCGAAGCCACGGCUGGUGGACCCAGACGCAGACAGCCGCUUGAGCGUGUCGCAGCAGCUGUUGGAGCGCUGUUUCCUGCCGUUUGCCGCGAACACGGUGGUGCUGGGGGCUAACGUGCGCAUGGCGCUGGUGUUGGAGAGUCUGUUCCGCAUCGUCUGGGGGGCGGGACGAGGCAGCGGCGACAGCAGACAGCUCUGCUGGACGAAAGCUCUACAGGAGGCGGCAGAGGCGGGCGUGCGGGCGCGCGAGGCUCGGCCACGGCCACCCAGGAAGAAGACGUUUGAGCUGGAGGCCUUUGGACAGGACCUGAUGCGACGAUCGGGUCGGCGGCUGCUGAGCAUGGUGCAGCUGGCGAAGAUGGAGGGGAGUGAAGAGGGAGGAGCUAUUGCUUUGGUUCACGUGGUGUCCAAGCCUGAGGCUGCCAUUUCUGACGACUGGGCUGCUCGGACUUCCAAGAGUCAGGAGGAGUGGCAGAAGGAAGACGAUCGGUUUCCAAAGUUCGUUGUGGUUCAGGCGCAUCUGCUGCUGGCGGGCGAGUUCGUGGCGCUGCUCGUCGAGAGAAGGGGGUUCGCGACGGGUGUGUCGGAGCCAUUGAUGCCAUUGGGGCGGCACCUUCACGUCGCUGUGGUGAGUGCCGCGGGGGUACUGGACGAUGCGGCGCCAGCGGGCGGUGGCACUAUCGUUGUGGCCGCGGAUGUCGCGAAACUCCCAGUAGGUGUUGCCGUCGAGAUCGUGACCUGGAAGUUAGAAGGAAUUGUGAGGCUUCUCGGCUGCAAGUUCAUCCAUACCGAUCAGAAACUGCUUUCGCCACGGCAGGCGGAGAGCCUUCCAGCUCAACCAGAGCUGUGCGAAGCGGGAUACGGACUUCGGCAUGACAGCAGUGAUGACAGGACAGUAUGUCCGGAGAAUGGUGGGAAUGGUGGAUGGUGA